AUGAAGGAUUUUUGUGAAACGAUCGCAAUGAACGAUUUGAGUUUGACAUUUUCUGAUGACAUUCUUAGUCCGUUUUCGGAUCAAAAGACUUUGAGUGAGCUAAACGACUCACCUGACUUCUGCGAUGAUUUUGGGUUCGAUCCUUCUAUUACAUUGUUCAACUUUAACGACGAUGUUAUUAUGAAUGACUAUCUGUUCUCACGUGACACUGGCUUUGGUUGUGGUGAUCAAAAUGAUGGACAAAACUUCGACACAGUCGUUCUGAAUUCAUUGAAAAAGGAGUCCUCUGAAUUAAAAGAUUUCGAUUCUUUUUUCUCAUGCCAAGUGGAUAGUGACACUGACAGCAGAAAACGUCGACCGCUGCCUCAUGUUGAAGAGGCGUUUGGGUAUAAAAUCACCAAAAACAAAAAUAUUAAAAAUGGCUCCUGUGGAAGCAGGUACGGUGUUAAUACACAUUUUCCUCCUGAAAUAAAUACAUCUUGCUCUGCGACAAACAAUGUAAACUGUUUAUGUGAUCAAACAUUUGAACACGGUAAUUGUCUUCAUUACGAUAGAAGUAGUACAAAUAGUAGUUGUUCUGGUCUAAGUGAAUUUAGUAAUAGUGAGCCCAGUGACUGGGAAUCGCCCAAAGACAGCAAUAAAGAUAUGGUUGUGUUAGGUGUAGAUAUUUCCAAUCUGAUGCAUGACUACGCAAUGAAAUCCUUGCCAGACGAAGCGUCUUGUGCCAUUGUCACCAAACAAAGAUCCGUUAGUUCUAGAAACAGCAUCUAUGCACACGAAACUUUUCAAUAUUUGUCAAAUCCAGGAGCUCAACAGCCAUGUUUUUACGCGUCUUCGUCAUCUACACCAGCAUCUUUACUGUCAUCCUCAAGUCACUACAUACCAGCUGGCACCUCUCUGCUUCGUAAGUCAAAUGUCUUGGUUAACAGAACCAAAGUCAACUCCAACAAUAAGUUGCCCCACGGGGUCGGUCCUCGUAUGACCUCAACUGGCAUUGACCCUAUGCUCAGCACCUACCAAAUCCAAGGCCAUCCGCAAUCGCCGUCCAGCAGUCCUUGCUCUUUAGACAGUUCAGGAAGCUAUUCAAGUUCAUCGUCUUCAUCCCCUUCUUCGGCCUCAUCACCAAGCAUAUCAGGCCAAGGCAGCAAGACGGAGGAGAAGAUCUACCCAUGCACCUACAAUGACUGUAACAAGGUCUACAGCAAAAGCUCUCAUUUGAAAUCCCACUUACGAAGACAUACGGGAGAGAAACCCUUUCACUGUUCAUGGCCUGACUGCGGCUGGAAGUUCUCCAGAUCGGAUGAACUCGCUCGCCACAAGCGGUCUCAUUCAGGGGUCAAACCCUAUAAAUGUGAUAUCUGCACUAAAUGUUUUAGUCGGUCCGACCAUUUGGCCAAACACAGGAAGGUUCAUAGAAAAAAUAGAUAG